UCACCCUGGUGCAUCGUGUGCUUCGAUCGAAAUCUGACCGACCGGAGUAAAGCCCACAAGUUGUUUGGAAAUUGGACGGGAUUUCCAUCGAUCGGGUGAAUUCGCAACGGCUAGGUCAUCCUCCGUGACCUCCCGAGGGCUUGGGAACAGAUCCCGAGGACGAUCAAUCGUCGUUCACCAUGACGGACGCCGGCUAUUUCCGAGGAACUUCGGCCGAUCAAGACAAUCGUUUUGCUGACAAGGAGAAGAAGCUCAUGAAGCAGAUGAAGUUCGAGGAGGUGGUGCUGAACACCAAGAUGGAUUGGUCCAAGAUCAAACUGGACGUUUUGAAGCCGUGGAUCUCGGAUCGGGUGGCCGAGUUACUCGGCAUUGAGGACGAUGUUGUGGUCGAGUUUAUUUUCAACCAAUUGGAAGCCAAAGAUGUCGACCCGAGGAAGAUGCAAAUUAACCUGACGGGGUUCCUCAAUGGCAAGAAUGCGCGAAUUUUCAUGGGCGAACUCUGGACCCUGUUGGAUUCGGCUCAAAAGAGCGAUUCCGGCAUUCCUCAGCAGAUCCUCGAUCAGAAGAAAGAGGAGUUGAAGAAACGAGGCACCGAUAAUGAAAGGCUUCAAGAGAAUCUGAGGCGAUUAGCUGAAGGUGGUACCAAUGAGGAUCGCGAUAGCAGUCGACGAAGACGAUCCAAGAGUCGAGAUCGCGAAUCCCGUCGUCGACGAAGUCGGUCUCGAUCACGCGACCGAGAUCGAUCACGCCGAUCACGCUCUCGGGACCGUGGAUCGCGUCGGCGACGAUCCCCCGAGCCCGCCAAAAUCAAACCUGAAGAGACGGCCGAGGUCAAAAAGGAGGGGACGCCGGCGGUUGCCGCCUCUGCGGGAAGUUCAACCGGAGACGGAGUGGUACUACCCGACUCCACCAUUGAUGUCAAACCUCCAGGCGAAGAGGGAGAAGAUAGCAAGUCAGUGCGUACGGGUGAUCUUGAGGAGAGUCGUAAAGUAGAGGAUCAAACUGAGAAGCGAUCAUCCCGAGAUCGAGAGCGAAGCGAAAGCCACGAAAGUGCCGGCAUCACCAAGAAGACUGAUUCGGUGCAAGCCAAACGCUCAUACCGUGGACGCCACGGCGGCAGCUCCGAUGACGAUUCGGAUCGGGGACGAAAUCGUAGAUCUGACAGUCGGUCCAAACGUCGCCGCAGCCGGUCCAGGGAUCGGUCCAAGCGAUCACGUUCCAAGGAUCGUAAACGGUCUAGAUCCCGGGAUCGACGUCCAAGAUCGAGAUCGAGAGAACGUGAACGCAGAGAUCGUGAAAAACGCGACCGUGAAAGGGAACGACGGGAACGAGAACGUAAAGAUCGAGAACGGCGAGAUCAAGAACGGGAGAAACGACGACGAGAAGAAGAUCGUCAACGAGAGAGAGAGCGUGAAAGACAAAAGGAAAGGGACCGCAUCCGGGAACGUGAGCGACGUGAACGCGAGCUUGCCAAAGAGCGUGAAGAAAAACUCCGUAGGGAGUUGCAAGAAAAAGAAAGACAACGUAAAUCUAAACGUGAAUCCACCGAUGAAUCGGAAAGUGAAACCUCGUCCUCCUCAUCAGAGUCUGAGGAGGACUCCCCCAAGAGGUCAUCCCAUAAGCGACAGGAUUCUUCGUUCCAAAAGAAACGGAAGCCCGAUCCCUCUGAGGUUAGAAGUCGCGAAUCGUCUCCUGACGUUCAUCGCAGAGACAAAAGAAAAUCCGACGAAGUGUCCGAUCGACGUCAAAAAAGUAAACCCACCACCACCCGAUCACGGCAUUCUUCUGAAAGCGAUCGAGAUCGAGCCAAGAGCCGUAGUGACCGAAGCAAGGCUCCAUCCUCACAUAAAGGUGGAUCCAAACGCCGCAGUGAAUCGCCCUCCUCCGAGUCUGAGUCGGAGAAGGAGGUUCCUCCUCGAAAGAGGAGCACUGAUCGACAUCAUCAUGAGCCACCCCCCGAAAAGCGAUCCCGGAAAGAGUCUGGCCGUGAGCAUGCAGAUCGUGGUGAUUCGAGGCGGAGCAGGAAAGACUCCAGUCGUCAAGAUCCAGAACCGAAUGAAGAGCGACGCAUUAUUCGGAUCCGUUCCCCCUCACCCUCAGAAGAUCCGAGACUUGCAUCGUCCAAGAGUGGAAAACUGCGGAAAGAAUCGCAGCCCAGAGUUGACGAAAGAGAUGCCGAGCGAUCCAAACGCAGAAAGGAGUCUGAGAGUGAGCCAACCAAACGUAAGAAGAGCAAAUCCAAGAAGAAAGAAAUCACUUCUUCCUCUUCGGAAGGGGAAGAUGACUCCGAAGACGAAUCCGAGAGCUCAGAGGAAGAGAGGAAGAAACGCAGGAAGGAGAAAAAACACAAGAAGCAUAAGAAGAGUAAGAAGCAUAAGAAACACAAAAAGCGUCGUGGAGGAGAUGAGAGCUCCAGUGGCGAAGAAGAAGAAGAAGCCACCGAGGAUUUGGAACGAAAGCUCCGCGAAAAGGCCUUACAGUCCAUGAAAACCAAAAGGACACAGCAACGCGACGAGGGGAAUAGCACUUCGUCCGAGUCCAGUGAUUGAUCGAACAUUUAUCCAAUGAAGGCGAGAAAAUGAGCCCAAAGUUCGUGAGUUCGUUGCCGCUCUCUCAGUGACAACUCUCCGAACCACCAGGCAAUCUUGUACAAAGGCUGCCUAUGUCUCGUGUAUGUAAUAAACCUGUUCAAUGUGUGA